AUGGCUCUUAGAUUUAAGCAAAAGAAGUUUCAACUACGAAACUUGAAACCUACAUUGAUUACAUGUGCAUUAGUUGUUGGUGCAGGAGUAUUGAUUGUUAAUACAUUUCCCCACAUAAAAACUACAAUACAUCAAUAUUUACACGGCCGAGUAACUGAAGAAGACGAAGAUGAGGAAGAGGAAGAGGAAGAAGAAGAUACUUUAUCUAAUGAAACGGUCAUUAUCGAGCGUAUACAUCGAGAUCCAAACAAUGAAAAUAGGACGAUUGAUAGUUUUCGAGUUGUACGCUGA